UCCUUCGGCCGCCCUAGCGGAAGGUGGUUUGUUUAGCAAGAUGGCGGCUAGCGGCCUCCGGCGGGCUGCUGCUGCGGCUCCCACUUCAGUGAAGCCCAUUUUUAGUCGGGACAUGAACGAAGCCAAGCGGAGGGUGCGCGAGUUGUACCGCGCCUGGUAUCGAGAGGUGCCGAACACUGUGAACUUGUUCCAGCUAGACAUCACCGUGCAGCAAGGACGGGAUAAAGUCCGAGAAAUGUUUAUGAAGAAUGCCCACGUCACAGACCCCAGGGUGGUGGAUCUUUUGGUCAUUAAGGGAAAGAUGGAACUGGAGGAAACGAUUAAUGUAUGGAAGCAGCGGACACACGUCAUGCGGUUCUUCCAUGAAACAGAAGCACCGAGGCCAAAGGAUUUCCUGUCCAAGUUCUAUGUUGGCCAUGACCCGUGAAUUCACUCAGGGAAAAGGUGCAUGUUGAUAUUUAUAAAUAUUUUAGAGCACAAAUAAACUCAGUAUGUGAUGGUCACUUCCUAAUAGAAUUCCACUGGUGAGCCAAUGGGAA